AUGGGUUCAACCAUUGUUGAAGUAGAGCAGAAGGUUCAUGCCGAGCCAAUCUCCCAUGCUUCAAUCGCCCAAGAUGAAGAAAAGGCAAACGACUCGCCGGUCGAGAAGGAGGAUGAGCCGACUUUUGAUACAGGCCUCUUUUCCUGGCUACAGGUCUUAGGGUCGUUCUUUCUCUUCUUCAAUUCAUGGGGUGUGAUCAAUACAUGGGGUGCAUAUCAAACCUACUAUGAACAAACCUUGCUAUCGGACAGUUCAUCUUCCUCAAUCGCCUGGAUCGGCUCUUUGCAGUCCUUCCUCUUGAUGCUCAUCGGGGUCAUCACAGGCCCACUCUUCGAUGCGGGAUAUUUCCGUGGCCUUAUUGCUUUUGCAGGCUGCAUGCUACCAUUUGGCCUGAUGAUGACCAGUCUUGCCACCAAGUAUUGGCAAUUGAUUCUAGCGCAGGGUAUCUGUGUUGGUUUGGCGGCCGGCUGUCUCUUCGUUCCUUCGGUCGCCAUCCUGCCGCAAUAUUUCCGUCGCAAGAGAGGCCUUGCCAAUGGUCUCGCCGCUAGUGGUAGCAGCAUCGGGGGAGUUGUUUACCCCAUCAUAUUCAACCAGCUGCAAAAGCAGAUUGGCUUCGCCUGGGCCACCCGCGUUAUUGGCUUCCUCUGCUUCGGUACCAUCUUCAUCUCAUUCAGUAUCAUGCGCAUUCGAUUCCCCCCGAAGGAGAAGCGAAAGCUCUAUCAGUUCUCUGCUUUCAAAGACCCGGGCUAUUGCAUCUUCUGUGCGGCCAUGUUCUUUGGUUUCUUGGGGUUCUACAACUUCCUCUUCUACGUGCAGUCCUAUGCAAUCGACACUGGGAUCGUCGACAACAACCUAGGAUUCUACCUAUUGUCUAUGCUCAAUGCCGCCUCAACCUUCGGCCGUAUCUUGCCCAAUUUCCUUGCUGAUCACCUCGGCCCACUCAAUAUGCUCACGCCCGCUGUGACCAUCACCUCCAUCCUUGCAUUCGUAUGGAUUGGUAUUCAUACCGUCCCCGGUAUAAUCAUUCUGGCCGUUUUCUAUGGCUUCUUCUCGGGUGGUUUCGUGUCUCUGCCCCCGGUGGUAAUGGCCAGCAUGACUCCAGACGUGCGCAAUCUGGGUACUCGUCUCGGCAUGGUCUUUGCCAUCACUUCGAUUGGCCUGCUGAUCGGCACACCCAUUGGUGGUGCCAUUUUGGCCGAUACCAACACGUAUCUAGGUGUCCAGCUGUUCACUGCGUCCUGCCUUGUCACAUCUGCGGUUCUAAUGGCCACUCUCCGCUUCGUUCGCUCCGGACCUGUCCUGAAAUCCAAGACUUGA